GAUUUUUCUUAAACAGAGCGAUGUAUGUUCGAACUAAAUGUGUUUUGUUGAGAAAACCCUAGAGUAGCUCGUAUUUUUAUCCGUAAGCAAACAACUUGAUGCGUAGGUGAACCGACUCUUGAUGCAUGGGCGCGCAUACUUUUAUAGACAAAGGCGAUAAAACGACGUCGGCGUCGUAUUAUCGACGCCCACGUCGACGUAAACAACCUCCUCUCUUCCUCUUAAUUCACCCUUGAAAGAGAAAACAAGAGUUGUACAAAGGACGGGCAAUAGGGUGUAGAUAAUAUCAAUUUACUUUUUAAGUCUAAAAUGAGGAAGAGUAAAUAGCCACCCCAGCCAUUAAAAAUUCCCUGAAUUUGCCCUUGAAGUAAACAUUAUGACAUCGCAGAUUUCAUCCUCUAGUGAGUCUCCCUUAUUGGUCCAAACUGGUGGCUUUCACGUCUAUCCAGCAUGCCACGCACAUAGCAGAAAAGCAGCCUUACCCUCGGCAUCUAUGGUACUAUUAUCGGAUGUACAGUCCUCUUCAUAAGCACCCGUGCCUUUCUCUUCUUCAACGCAGCUCUGAACUCGUCGUGCAAUCUUCAUUACACAAUGGUCACGGCUAUCAUCCGCCCUGUUCUUCGACACAAACCCAAUUGGUCGGAUACUCAACCGAUUGUCUCGUGAUAUUGCGUGUAUGGACGACCUUCUACCAAAUGACGUCUACCGCUCGUUUUCUUUGUGCUUGUUCUCGCUGUCCGCCUUGAUUCUUCCUGCGGGCACUAACGUUUGGUUGACCUUAGCUGUUGUGCCGCUAAUUGGUAUCUAUGUCUAUCUUGGGAGGUACUUUUUGCGCUCCUCACGAGAACUUAAGAGGCUUGAGUCAGUGAGAUGCAGCCCGGUGUAUUCGCAUAUCGCUGAAACAAUUAACGGCAUUGAAGUGGUACGCACUUCAAACAUACGCACGGUGCGCAAGGCAUUAGCAGUGAUUACCCAGAAUCCCGUGCUUUUCAGCGAAAGCCUUAGGGAGAAUUUGGAUCCUGAUCAUCGCUAUGAGGACCAGGAGAUCUGGACAGUGUUAAAAGAGGUACAACUUGUAAGCUUUGUACAGAGGCUGCCCGACGCUCUGUAUUACCAAGUAGGGGAGGGAGGGACAAAUUUUAGUGUCGGUCAACGGCAGCUCCUGUGUCUUGCACGCGCACUUCUGCAGAAAUGCAAGAUCCUAGUGCUGGACGAAGCGACUGCUAAUGUGGACUACAGGACAGAUAGACUUAUACAAGAGGUAAUGUGCCUAAGAAAGCAUAACGUCUUCUGAACUUCAGCUGUUUUAGCAUCGGCUGUUCAAUAUAGAAUGAAACAGGGGCAAAGGAGUAGCUGACUUGGGCACUAUAAGAAUGUCGUUGGUAUAUGGUCUACACCAUAUUCCCAUACCACAGGGUAACAUGAAACAAUGCAUGUGAAGAUAAAGAACAAUAAUGUACAUGUCAAUUGGCCUAGUCCCAAGCAGUUUAAAUACCUUUAAGAACAGGUUUUCCUGUGGAUGGUAAAAGUGUGACGUCACAGGAAACCAUCUUUCCGGGCGAGCUCGUCCCAGACUUCAAGCUGUCUCACGGUUCAUUGAUAAAGACAGGAAACCCAGUCGGAAUGCCUAGGGCUAUGCUGCUUAUGUCAAUAUGGCAUUACUGUUUGAAGGAUUUAGACUCAAGGCUAAAUCACAAUCGCAAAUAAAAUAAUCUCUUACGAAGCCAGGAAGAAUAAAGGUCUGUUUGCAAGUAUGAUGAAAAAUAGCACCCAUGAGAACAUGGGGAUAAGUGAGGAGUGAGAACAAAGGACAAAUACUUGAACUUAAGACAUCAUGUGACUCAGGUUGGAGCCCUAAACGAGAACUUGAAAAAAGGGUGGGUACUUCAACUGAAAAAAAUGUACAGUAUAAAAUGUAUUUCUUUUCCCACCACACAUUAGAAAGAUAGUAUGCCAAAAUAUAUAAGACAGUGAAGAGAUCAAUUGCAAAUAUAUGUAUAGUAAAAUAAAGUUUUCUAAAAAACAA